AAUGGAUCAAUUUACAAUACCAAAUGGUUUUAAAUUAGAACCGUAUCCUCCCAAAUAAGGAGGAAAUGGAGAAAUAUUUACGUGUAGUAAAGAUGGCAAAUUAUAUGCGAUGAAAGUCUUUAGGAAAAAUAUUGAACAAUAUUUACAUGAAGUUAAUAUAUGCACAACUUUGAAAAGUCAUGUCAACAUUAUUAAGCUAAUUGAUAAUUUUCAAUGGGAAGGUAAUAGAGUAAUAAUCUUGGAAUAUUGUUCAAAAGAUCUUAAGACAUAUUUAAAUGAAAAUCAAUAAUUAUCAGAAUUGGAUAGGAUGAACAUCUUUACAUAAAUUGUUAGUGCAUUUAAAUCUAUAAUUGAAGAUUUGAAUAGUGUAGAGAUGCAUUUUUCACAUAGAGAUAUAAAACCUGAAAAUUUAAUGUUUGGAGAUGAUAAUUUAAUUAAGAUUAUAGAUUUUGGUGAAAGUAGAAUAUCUGAUAAUGAUAAUUAAAUCCCCACAUUGAAGAAUUAAGUGUGUGGUACUCCAGGAUAUAUGGAUCCAUUAAUGGAAUAUGGAGGUGAAGGGUUUUAAGAGAAAUCUGAUUUAUGGUCAUUGGGAGCCACCUUAUUUUAUAUAUUAAAAAACUAAAGAUUAGAAAUAAAUAGUAAAGAGAUCAAUUUGAAAGCUUUUAAAGUUACAGCUAAUAAAAGAAAGGAAACUAAAUUAGAACUGGUAUAAUCAAUGAUUAAUGAAUAAUUGAUUCAACUGCCAUUUUCAGAUUAAUGUAAACAGCUUUUAGAUAAAUUAUUGAAGGUAGAUCAAAAUCAAAGAUAUGGAUGGAAUCAACUUUUUGAAAAUGAAUUAAUUAAGUAAUUAUUAGAAUAAAUACACCACCUCGGACAAUAUUAAUAGAAAGUGGAUAGAAAGAAACCCAAACCCAUAAAAUUGUCAUAUCAAAUGAAUAAAGACUUUUUAUCGAUGAAUUUCAAGUAGUAAGCAGGUCCAAUAUUGACUGAAACAUUAUAUGUUAUUAUAAGUAAAGGAAAAUAGUGUGCCUCAACAGCUAUAGAAAUGUUUAAGUACUUUAAUCAAAUGAAAUUUGUAAAUGAGGAUUUUAUGAAUAAUUGGUAAAACUUUGAAAAAUGUAAUUAUUUGUUACAUUUGAGAUCUCUCAUUGUUCUGAAUAAUUACAAUUAAAUAUUUACCUUAAAAACUCACAAGUCAGGUCAAGAGACUAUAUAAUAAUAGUUAUUUGAGGAUUUGACCAAUGGAAAUUUAUAGAAUCAAUAGAUAUAUGAGAGAAUUCAGUUAUAAGUUUAUUAUCUAUUUGAAGAUGUAAGAAAGAGUUUACAAGGGAGUGGUUUAGAAACAAGGAUAUUGAAUCUAACUAAGUCAUAAUCAAAAGAAGUGAGCGAAUAUAAUUAAACAUUGGAAUUUACAGAAGAAGAGAGAGAGUAUUUUUAAUAUAAAAAGGACGAUAAAAACAAUAUUAAAAAUCGUCCUGACUAUUAUGAUAAACCUUAUUUUUAUGAGAUCUUCAAAUCAUAUCUUUUGAAAUGCAUAAAAGUCUUAAUAGAUAAUUACGAUUAAGAAGGAAUUAAGAUUUUAAGUGACAUGAUUGUUUCCUAUAACCUAGAAGAAUUCUAUAAUAAAUGCACAUAAUGCAAAAUUUAGAAUUACCUAUAUAACUAGAAUGAUCAGAACCAGGAAGUUUUUUAUGCUAAAUUGAAAGCCAUUUAUAAUUCAUUUAUUGAGAAGUGA